UAGGAAAUGGCGGACGAUGAGUUAACUGAUAUGAUGUAUGACAUGGAGUUUGGAGAAGUGAUGAAAGACUGGAUAGAAGAUUGGUCAGAUGAUGAAAAUUCAGAUCGUGGAGAUAGGUCAGAGAAUGGGAACGUAUUGGAAGAUCUUAAUAUGGAUGAACAUGAUGAUGGUCAGGAAAACAAUGAGCAUGAUGAUGGUGAGGAAAACAACUCGGAGAUCUCGAAUGAGGAUUACAUUAGUCAGCUCAUUUCCGAAUGUCAUAAUGCGUACGACUAUUACGGUGAAUCAGACGCGGAGACAGGCCUUGAUGUCGAAUCAUUAGCUGCACCUGAUUCUGGGGAGUCGCAAUCGCCGGUCAUCAUGAGUGAGAUAAUACAAAAGACUUUUACGUCUCAUGAUGUUGUGUAUGAUUUCUGCAACAGCUAUGCUAGAGAAAAUGGUUUCAGCAUUAGAAAGAAUAAGGUCAG